CCUUAGUGAACAAUUUUUUUUUUAUAAUUCUCUCUUUCUUGUUUUGUUCUUCAAUGGAGUUUUCAAGCCAAGGCCAAGCUAUGAUCCCUUCUUCAGCCAAACAAAGUUUCAGUUUUUUUCCCCCAAGACACAAAAUAAAUAUCAAUUCAAGGUAAUUUCUUCUUGAGCUCUCUCUGUUUUGCUUACAAGUGCUUUUUUUCCCUUCAAGUUAUCUUUUUUUUAAACACCUUAUCAUCAAGUCGAAUUAUGUGAAAUUUCUGCUUUCUAUGUUGCCCAAAUGGAGCAUUUCUUUAUUUUUUCAGACAUGCAUGGAUUGUUGUUUUCCUGUUGUUGAGUGUUUUUUUAAUGAUAAGGUUUUCACUUGUAAAAAAUAUUCCCAACCACAUAGUUUCCAUGUUAUUAUUGUGUUUGCCCAACAAAUUGGAUGAAGUGCAAAAUACAGUGUAGCAGUAUACAGUAUUGUUUGUGAUGAUGAUUUUCUUGAAGACAGAUGGAGAAAACAGGGGACUUUUUUUCAAGAGUUUUGGGGGAAAAAUGGCAAUAGGAAAAUCUCUGUUGUUUACUCCUUUUACAGAGAGAUAAUUGGAUCUUGCUCAUUUAGUUGACAUGCAGUAAUGGCCACAGAAAUCAAUUACCUCACCAACAACCCAUACUCCCUCCAUUCUUUUGUAACGGUUGCGACAAUAGACUUGGGCCCAAUUCAAUCAAGUUAAUUCAAAAGGAAUGACAUAAUUGCAUCAUUUUCAUGGUGUUUAAAGACAGGCUCUAAUGGAAGACAAGCAACUAAAUUUUAACCAGCCCCUUCUCUCAGUAAGGCGAACCGAGGCUUCCUCCUCGUUCACUGUUCCUCCACCAUACAAAUCAGAGCUCAAGUCGGGACCCGUCAGGGAUCCCGGGGUUGUGCCCUUCCGCUGGGAACACAGCCCAGGAAGACCAAAACACCCUUCACCUUCUACUUCACAAGCCCAUCCUAUAUCUGCACAUGAUCAUAAAAAACCUCCCAUUGUCCCAAAACUUCCCCCGGGCAGAACUUCAAAUGCUGUUGUCGCGGCGAGUUUUAGCAGUUCAAAUGGUAGUGUGGUGGAAGAUGAUGAAGAGGGGGAAGAAGAAGAAGAAGGGAUAACUGAGUCAUUGUCCGGUCAAGAUGAGAGUUAUGUAGAUGCACUCGACACGAUUUCAAGUACAAAUGAAUCUUUUUUCCUAAAUUGCAGUGCUAAUAGUGGCUUAAGCUUCGCGACAGACCCGCAAACUAGGGAUUUCAUGAUUGACCGGUUUCUGCCAGCAGCCGUGUCAAUGGCUUCAGAAAUGCCUCAAUGCACUCCCAAGAAGCAAUCGCCAGUUGACGAAUUACAACCAAGACAUCAUCUGAUUUCCAUGGCAAAGGCAGACAGGAGGAGGCCUCAACUGCGUUAUGGACCAAGUUUUGCGCACCAUUAUUACCAAUCUCAUGAUUAUGCAGAAGAAAGAUGUGAUGAUGACGAUGAAGAUGAUGAUGAUGAUGGUGGUGGAUAUUUGCCUUCUAAAGCAUGUGGUUUAAUACCCAGCUUUUGUUUGAAAGGUUCGUUUUUCCUUAUGAAUCCGGUACCGGGUAUGAGAGGGAGGACUCGCGUACCCAUGUCUCCAAACUCUAGUAGAAUGCAGACCGGUUCCUCAUCUGCUGCUUCUUGUAGUGGAACAGAUAAUGAGCGAUCAACAUCCGAUGUAAGCGAGCGAAACUCAGUUGUUGGGCUUUUAACCGCGGAGCCUCACGAAAACAAAGAUGAAUUUCUGGAUGAACUAAAAAAGAAAUAUACUCAAAAAAUAGAUGAUCACAAGCUUGAUGGCAUCUUAGCUUGCCCUUAUGAACCUCCACCUCAAAUCCAUGAGAUGAAAACACAAGAAGAUUCGAGAUUUUGUGCAAUGACAGAGAAAACCCUGCAUGUAAAUUCUGUGCAAGAUUCAAAAGGAGAACACAGCACAUUGGAAGAUUCUCCUUUCAUAGAAGCUAGCAACAGAAAAGAAGGUUUAUUAAGCAAACCAAGUAAGGUUUAUGGAAAAGCCCAAUUGUUCAGAAGCCCCUACAGUGGAGUUAAUGGAAGUUCCAUUAAAGAAACACAGACAAUGAAGUCGAUAGAUUUUCCGGUACCCCCACCUUUACCCAUGUCUCCAUCAGAAUCAUGGCUUUGUAGGACAUUGCCCUCACUGUCCACAAAGCAUUCAUCACUACAACGGCCCUAUAUUUUUGGAAAAGGGGAUCCUAGGAACCAGUCGUGUAAGGUCUCAUCUGGCGAUUCCAAAUGGGAAACCAUGGUUAAAACAACAAAGGGGCAUCACCAGCAUUGGUACUCUCAGGAGCUAAUGGCGCUGGCACCUAUUCCAGAAACUCAGUAGUGUUCUUCUUGUGAUGUCCAUUGGCUCUUCCAUGUACUUCAAUCCACCACUAUAAUGAAUUUCAAAGUCAACAAAUGUCAAUAAAUACGGAGUAUAUAAAUAAAUGAAGUUUUUUUUGGUACUUAAAAACAUGUUACUAUAUAGUUUACUCUUUUCAUACCAGGACAGUGGGGGUCAUAAUUGUGUAUCCUCUUACAUGCACCCAUUUCCUGCCAUGUAAAAUGUAACUAUGUACUGCUACAUCGCCCCACCUCCUCACAUGCAAUCAUGUUUAUUUGCUACUAUAAUGUUGAUUU